AUGAUGCAAAGUGCGGCGGUCCUACCGACAGAGAGUCCUGUAAAGAGUUUACCGGAGAUUCUCGGAGUGCCACUGCAACAGAUCCCUCAGUGUGCCGGCUGUAGUCAGCACAUCCUGGACAAGUUCAUCCUGAAGGUGCUGGACAGACACUGGCACUCCAAGUGCCUCAAGUGCGCCGAUUGUCAGACUCCGCUGGCGGACAAAUGUUUCUCCCGGGCAGGAAGCGUCUACUGCAAAGAGGAUUUUUUCAAGCGUUUUGGAACAAAAUGUGCAUCAUGUCAACAGGGGAUCCCUCCGACGCAGGUUGUGCGGAAGGCGCAGGACUUUGUGUAUCACCUGCACUGCUUCGCCUGCAUCAUGUGCAGCCGGCAACUGGCCACCGGGGACGAGUUUUACCUCAUGGAGGAUGGGAGGCUGGUGUGCAAGGUGGAUUAUGAGACUGCAAAACAAAACGAUGAUUCAGAGGCGGGGACCAAGCGACCGAGGACCACCAUCACGGCCAAGCAGCUAGAGACCCUCAAAAGUGCCUACAAAAACUCGCCGAAGCCGGCACGCCAUGUCAGAGAGCAGCUGUCCUCGGAGACGGGGCUGGACAUGAGAGUAGUGCAGGUGUGGUUCCAGAACCGACGAGCAAAGGAAAAGCGCCUGAAGAAAGAUGCAGGUCGACAUCGCUGGACUCAGUUUUACAAAAGUGUUAAACGCAGCAGAGGAGGAACUAAAGUAGAGAAGGAAAGCUCAGCUGACGACGCAGGACUCAGUGACAGUGAACUCAGCUUCAGAGACGACCAGGUCCUGUCAGAUCUCGGCCACACCAACGGGCUUUACGGGAGUGUCGGUGAUGUGACCAACAGUGCAGUUCUGAACGGCGGCUUCUCUGUUGACACAGCAGGACAACCCUACCACGACAUCCGAGCAGGAAGCCCCUACGGUCUCCCUCAGUCGCCCUCCUCCAUCGCCUCUCUGCCCGGCCACACCCCUCUCCUCAACAAUUUGGGCUUCAGCAUGGACAGUCUGGUGGCGCAGGGCGGGCCGGGCGGCGUGGGACAGGCUCUGAGGGCCAUGGCAGGGGGCCCCACCUCAGACCUCUCCACAGGCAGCAGUACGGGAUACCCUGACUUCCCCACCAGCCCUGCGUCAUGGCUGGACGAGAUGGACCAUUCCCAGUUUUGAAUCUAGAUCACGACAGAAGAUCGCUGUGGGGAUAAAACAGACUCACAAGGCUUUUUACAUUUCUUUCUUUCACCCUCCAAGACUGGUACGUUUUGUGACUUUGGGUGAAGAGGAGAAGGAAGAGAAGAAAUGUGUGACUCCCUCAGCAGUCGUGACGGUGAGAAAGCAACCGGGUCCAGAUGUGUAGUCCGGACAAAAGCAGUGAAGAACACCUCCACACCGCUGAAUGUUCAAAAUCAACACUGUAUCAUACAAUUUUUGGUAUCACCUGACUUUAUUUUGUUCUUUCACUCUGAGAAUGAGACUCGGUGGAUUAAUGCUCACAGGGGAGGUGAUACUGUCGCCCCCAAAAUAAACCAUCCCUGUCUAACAGCUACAACAAUAGGGCUACAAUCUAGGUCAAAGUCCCUAUGAGACCCAGGAGGCACCUGCAUGCUUCUGAUUCAUGAUGAGUAGGACUGCUGUCUGGCCAUAUCAAAGCCUUUUACAUUGGCGAUGCACUUUACUCUCCUCUUCUUUUUCUACACACAUGGACAGGAAUGCAGAGAAAGGACGAGAGAGAAAAAGAGGAGAGACAUAUGCACAAGGCAAAAACACAGUGUUUCAUUGGGAGAGAAAUUUACAAGAACAGUGGCACAAGUGUGAAUUUUGAACCAUGCUGAUGUUUUUUAAAUGUAUUGCUGAAGCUUACAAGUUAUUAGGAAGUAGAUGGCCGUUGGUCUGUCUGUCCGUCUGUCCGUAGAAACCGAUGUCUCCUCUGUUUGAAUGAGGGCGAACUCUGUUUGCUACACAGCAGGUCUCUCUUCUAUAUUUAUAGGUGCUUGACUUGUUCUUGUCUGUGCAAAAGCUGCCUGAGAGCGGACGUCCGUCAGUAUUAAAUGAUCUGUUUCCAGACUCGCCAGGCAUCAAAGCUCAAGUGUUGGAGGACAGUCAAGAAGUUUAGGGUUCUGGAGAAAUUCGACUCAAGUUAAUAUAUCACACGUCUAAAUUAUUAUUAAUUUAUUAUUUUGAAUGCA